AUGAUGGGUCGUUGCAUUGCUCUAUGGUUGAUCCUGUCCCUUGUCUUCUGCUUGAGCUCUGCUCAACUUGGAGGUCGUGGGCUGCAAGGAGGAGGAAGGGCUGCAGAAGCUGAGGCUGCUGCUGGAGGAGGAAUGAACGACGAGAUCGUCAGGCUGCUGCAGCAGAUGCAGGCUCAGCAGGCGCAGGCGCAGCAGGGGGGGCCUGCUGCUCCUGCUGCCGGAGUGAACAGGAUGGAGGUAAACAAGCCUAGUCAGCCAGCACAGAAAACGGCAGAGAGGAAGGGAAACGACGACUUCGCUCGCUUGUUGCAGCAGUAUGCCAUGCAGUCCCAGCAUGGAGGAGGCAGAGGAGAGAUGCAGGAGGAGGAGGAGGAGGCAGAGGCCAUGCACAUGGGAGGGCUGCAUGCUCCUGGCAUGGCCAGCCCUCCCCAGGGUAUGAUGGGAACGGCGCCAGGAGCAGGAGGCGGAUCAAAAGGACAAGGAGGAGCGUCUGCCCUGUUUGAAGCUCUUGGGAUGGGAGGGGGAGACAAGGUCAGCGGAGAGCAGGCGCUUGGAGGGCAGCAGGCGACCCCACCAGCCGGAGCAAGUCAGAAGAAUUCAGCACAGGCUUCCAAGGCCGCACUGUUGAAUCGCCUGGCUGGAAUCUUCGGAGGAGGAGGAGGAGGAGGAGGAGGAGCAGGAGCAGGAGCAGGAGCAGGAGCAGGAGCAUCAUCAGGACAGACUACCAAGCCAAAUCCUUCCGAUGAUGAGGAGACCUGUCCUAAUGGAGUCUGCCGUGCAGGAGGAGCUCCUCAGCAGAAAGCUGUAGCUCCCCAAGCAUCGCGCUAUGAUCUCAUGUGCCAGAAGCAACAUGGGCCAGGGGCAGAGUUCGAUGGAGUUGACAGCUGCCGCUGCAAGGAAGGGUAUGAAGAAGUCGACGGAAAGUGUAGAGAGAUCGGACAUGUCGGCGCCAUGUCGGCGCGGCGCGGCUCGGAGGCCGCAGGCAAGCAUUCUGCCGCCCUGGUCAAGGUCGACGUUCUGUGCAAGAAGGAAUUCGGUCAAGGAGCAGAGUUCGAUGGCAAGGACAGUUGUCGUUGCGCGCAAGGAGGAGGAGCGUGUGUGGAGGUUGGUCAUGAGAACGCGCCGAUGCCGUACCGACAGAUGAUGAUGAAAAUGGCGAUGAAGAAGCAGAAAAAGAAGAAGAUGCUGAUGAUUAUGAUGAUGCUGGAGAAGAAGAUGAAGAAGAUGCUGAUGAUGAUGGAGAUGAUGAUGAUGAUGGGAAAGACGAGCCCACAAGACGCAGCCAUUCAACGUUACCACCAGAUGUGCCGAGAUCAGUUUGGCGAGAAUGCAGAGUUUGAUGGAGUGAGCAGCGGAUACCGCAAUGUCAAGGGCAAGUGUGUGCCUGGAGGAGAAGGAGCCAAAGCCUUCGGCCUCUCAUAG